AUGCUAGUAGCUGGACCAAGAGAUCCCCGCAUUUUGGUGAGUCAGGCGUUGCGAAAUCGUAAGGCGUUAAGUGUGGACUUGAAGAAGAGCCUAGAAGAAGUAAGAGGAGUAGAAGUUGUAAAGCUGUGGACGGUCAGGAAGAGGCUUUUAGCUGCCAAAAUUAGGAGUUACCACCCAGCCCUAAAUUACUCCGCGAGCACCGUGUUGCUCGACUUCAGUUUGCUCGAAACUGUGCUUCAUGGAGUCUUGAGGGCUGGAAUAGUUUUAUGUUCUGAUGAAGCCUUUGUGUGGAGAGGGGAUCGACGCCGGCGAAUGCUGCCAAGACCACGGGAACGCUAUGCGCAAGUGUGUUUCGAAGAAAUCUCUCCUUAUGGCAGAUGCCCCGUUAUGUUUUAG